AUUUGUUUGGAAGUUUGUUCAUUUGUCAGUUGAAGUAUUUCAAAAAGUUAAACUUUGUAAUUUUAUCGGCUCCGAAUCAUUGAAAAUAUAUUAACAGCUAUGGACGACGCUCCUGUAAAUAAUAUAAGGGAAUCUACAAGAGAGAUCUUGAAGUUGAACCGACGUUCUCAUAGAAAUGAAGUGAGUGAUCUUCAACGUUCUAUAAAAGAUUUGAGAGUAUCACCAGAAAAUAUUGCGACAAUAGUAUAUAACUUAAAAUCAAAGUCACAUGUUACAGUUGAGAAUCUUCAAAUACUUAAAAAUGCUUUAAUUGACGAUGAGAAGAACAUUGAAGUUGUUUUAAAAUGUUACGGUGCUCUGCGAAGCUUAGUAAGGGAAUUAACAGGUAAUAAUGUCUCAAAGCAAUGUGCUGCAGCUGGGUGUUGCUGCAACCUGGCAUUGGGUGACUCUAGAGCCUGCACCGCUAUAGCAAAAGCAAGUGGAUCAUAUCUCACUGUACUACUUGAUAAUCCUACUACAGAGUUAGCGAUGACAUGUGCUUGGACAUUAGGCAACUUGGCAGGGUCAGGACCUAAAGUAUGUGACAUACUUGUCGCUCAAGGUGCAGUCGCUAAACUCUGCAACAUGCUGCAAAUUCAUAAUGAGAAUAUUCAAGAUGCCGCAGCAUAUGCAUUACUGCACUUUGCUUAUCAUAUGGAGGAUGAUUUUAAACAUGAAUACCUUCAAAAAGUAUUAACUGCUUUGUCAAAGUUAGAGGUUAAUGCAACCACAAGUCGAUUGUCAUUCACUCUCUCCUGUCAUGUGGAUUUCAAAGACAAUAUGCCAGAGGAAUUAAUAGACAAAAUGCUGGCAACAUUGAAACAAACUGUCAAAAUACACUCUGAAGAUUGUGUACAAAGCCAGUGUAAUUGUGAAUUACUAUAUGCAAUAAGGACAUUAGCAAAUAUGGAUGUUGAAGUUUAUGAUGUUAUAUUGAAUUAUUUUGUACAAAAUAAUCUAGAGCAAGCUCUUUUGGAAGUAUUAAACAAAGACAGUGGUGCAGUUAAUGAGUCAUUAUUAUGGUUGUUAGGAAAUUUGUAUAAUUAUAGUCCUAGUAAUGAGUUUUUUACACAUUUAUCAACAAUGUAAAGUUUUAUAAGGAA